AUGGAUGGGGGAGCCGCACACGAGCGCACAGGGCUGCUGAGAGCUUGCGGACGCUGGACAAACUACCCUCACGUCACGUCUGGCCUCGGCAGCGAGAAGGAGUGGGUGAAGUAUCCCGCGCUUCUGUGGCACAUUGUGUGGCACUUUCUGCGGCACAUUCUGUGGCCCAUUACAAAGAUGACCCUACUGAGCAGCCCACUCAACAUCCUGCUUGUCUGCGUGCCCAUUGGCAUCAUCGCCGGUCAUGGCGGCUGCAGCCCGAUCGCCGUCUUCAUCAUCAACUCCUUCUCCAUCAUUGGUCUGGCCGGCGUUCAACCCUUCGCGACUGAGGAGAUCUCGCAGAAGCUCAGCGGAUCUCUCGGCGAAGUAUUCAGAGCGAUAUCUGGUAACAUAGUCGAGCUGAUUGUUGGCAUCACUGCACUCCAGAAUGGCCAGUUCCAGGUCAUAAAGUCCUCCAUGAUUGGAUCGAUCAUGUUCAACGACCUCCUCGUCAUGGGCGUCUGCUUUUUCCUCGGCAGUAUCUUCAACAUGCGUGACGACAAUGACAACGGCACCGAGCAGUCGUUCGCCUCGGUUACUGCGCAGACAACAUCGUCGCUGAUGGCGGUGUCAGCUGCGUCUAUGAUUCUGCCUGGAUUUCUCUUCAAGAUUAUCAACCGGGCCGACGACAAGGAGUCGACCACCCGUACGAUCCUCCAACUUUCCCGUGGCACGGCAAUCGUUCUUCUUCUCCUUUACGUCAUGUACCUUGUCUUCCAGCUCAAGACGCACCACAACCUCUUCAGCGUCGAGCCCGCAACGACACUCAGCGCGCAGAAUGUCCCGGAUGAGGAGAACCGCAAUGCCAACCGCCAUCAGGAUGACGAUGACGCCGAGGGCGUGCAGGAGCACAUGAGUCCGUGGUCAGCCGGGGUCGUGCUAAUCUUGACGACUUUCCUCGUCUCCGUCUGCACCUACUACUUGAUCGACAGCAUUAACCCUGUCGUCGCGAGCUUCCACAUCAGCCGCAACUUCAUCGGGUUGAUCUUAAUUCCCAUGCUCUAUAUAAAGACUAAGCACUUCACCGCCGUCGUGAUGGCUUUCGAAGACAAGAUGAAUCUGGCCGUGGGAGCUGCAACUGGCUCCAGCAUCCGAAUCGCCCUGCUCGACACGCCGCUCCUCGUUAUUCUCGGCUGGAUCAUGAACAAGGACAUGGAUCUGCACCAUGAAACGCGUGAUCCACAUUGUCGCCUCGCGCUGACCACGUUCAUCGUCAUCUUCACCGUCAUAGAUGGGAAGUCAAACUGGCUCGAGGGUGUUAUGGUACGUAUUGUUUUACACGUCUUCAGAACAAGAAAGGUGUGUCACGCGCUCACACAUUGA